CGUUGUGUUGUUUACCAAUUGAAUGGACAACACAUGACAUGACUGUUGUGUUCAACGCAUUAGUCAUUGAUUUUUAAUGUGAUUAUUAUUAAUGAGAUAUCAAUCGUGUGUUUGAAUGCAAACAAUCCAUCGGAUGUCGCGUUGAUUAUCAUCACCACUACUGGUGUGGGAAGUGCUGUGUCUUUGCGUGAGUGUGUGUCUCGUGAGUGACAGCUCGCUAUGGCUGCCGAUGACGACCAGUGGUGGACAAGAGAUGGCGGCGACUGCGGAGGCGGUGGCCAGGGAUCAGGUGGUGUCCAAUUGGUGUCGCAUAACAUGAGGCGCGAAGAGAUGAUGUCGCAGAUCAUCACCAGUUUGGACGCGUUGUCGUCGUUCGGCGACCACGUGUUCGCCCGCAUCGACGCCCGGAUCCGAUCGAUGAGCGAUACGCUGACGGACGCCGACCGCCGCCGCCGGCGAUGCGUCGAACGCAUCCAACAGAUCCGACUUCUGGCCAACAAAGCGACCAAAAUAUACGCCAAUUAUAAGUAUCCGCGCGAAGAGCUCCGGAUGGCCGACCCCUUCGCGCCCACUAUUCCCGCGAACCGCACCCGAAGGCCACUGACGGACACCACCAGCGAUGGCGGCGCUAACGGGCGUCGGGUUCGGGCGCCGCACAUACCGUUUGACGACCAACUGCUCAAAGAGAAGACACAGUUCUUCUCCAUACCGAAGGCGUCGAUGGCGUCCACCGAUCAGUGCUUUGACUUUUACGAUCUGUCCAGCGGUGGCGUCGCCGCCGAACCCUUGGGUCCCAUUCCCUGGCGUCGCAUCACAUCCCUGUCCUCUCUGCUCGUGUUCAACACCGCCGACAACCCAUUCCUCCGCCGCUCUCAGGGUUCGUCAAUCUAUGACCAGAAGAUACGGUCGAAACGGCCGCACGAGUUGUCGGCGCCGGAGUCGGACAUAUUCUCGGCGCCCGACUCUAUACAGCCCUAUCGGGACCGACACGAGCCCACGGAUGACGCACUUCACUAUCUGCCGCAGACUAAACCCCCGCCGCAGAUAAUGGACGACUUGCCGACCGCUUUACCGUCGCUGCCGGGCAUCGCCGACGACAUCGCGUUCAGCCAAUUGGACGAGCAGUUCCUCAGCGCAACCAUUCCCAGCCUUAACUCAUUGAUACCGCAAUUGCCCGAAAUCGCCGCAAUUGAUCCCAAUCUCACCGGUGGUGGCCGACCCACUCUCGGUGCGCCACCCGCGCAGCCAAACACGCCAUUCAGCAAUAGUCAAGCCGUCACUCAAAAAGUAGCCCAAACUGAUCCGCUGGUGUGUCCGCCACCGCCCGCUGGACCGCCACCUCCUCCGCCACCACCUCCUCCCCCACCGCCGCCUCCCUCUCCACCGCCGGCGCCGACCAAAGAGGGGACGAGUGGUUCUCCGGCUGUGCCAACCGGUGCUCCGGCGGCUCACAAACCGGUGCCGCAAAACUCGUCGGUCGACACGUCCAGAGCUAGUCUACUGGAGUCGAUCCGAGCGGCGGCCGGAAAGCCCAAGAAGUCGACAAACGCUGUCAUCGAACGCAAGAUUGAGGCCAAGAAAGCCAAGCAGAAGGAAGUGGUCAGCGGAGACCUAAUGACCGAUCUCUUCAAUAAGCUAUUGAUGCGCCGCAAAGGCAUCAGUGGUGCCAACGCCUCGGCGACAGCGGCCAGGGAUCAGUCAUCGCCGGCCACCAGUAGUGGCGACCCCUCGUCGACGAUGCAGAGAAUAUCAGCGCUGAUUCCUCCGCCGCCGCAACCACUGGCCGUCCCCUCUGGCGGUGAAGACCUCACCGAUGAUACUAACGAUGACGAGUGGGACUGA